AUGUCGCAAGCUUGCAGUCGCAAAUUAGCAACUGCCGUAGCUUCGCGAAUUUACACAAAACGACGACGAGAAUUAAGGAAAACUAUUUCGAAUCAUACUAUCAUUGUUACUACAUCAUUUUUAUCUAAAAAAUAUGGUCUUUUACCAUGUUUUUGUGAACAUGAUCCAAUACGAAUGAUGAAAGGACCUCAAGCAUUAGUAUUAUCUAAAUCAUCAAAUGCAUUUUGGCAUCGAAAAAGUAAAUCAAAAGGUAAAUUAGUUGGUGAAAAACAACAACGAAAUAAUUCAACUGCAUUUGAAAAUCAACAAACAAGUUCUUCACAUUCUCGUAAUUUUCAAACAUUUCGAAAGUCUAUUAUUCAACGAUUUAGACGCAACAAUAAACAAAAAAUGUCGACAAUUACAGCUCGAUCUGUCAUACAUAAACAUACAAAGACCAAUCCUAUCAAACGUAAAAAUAAUGCAGAUCAUUCUUUUGUUGAUCCUUCGAAUUCUAUGGAAACGAAUUUUAAUCAACCUUUAUCAAUUCGAGAUGAUAGUCAACAUUCUUCGUAUGAUUCUUAUCGACUUAUUUUACAGGAUAAUUCUAAUGACACUAAUAAUGAAGAAGAUAAAAAUGAUGUAUUAGAACCACUCCUAUCAUCAUUAAAAACCGAACAACAGAAUAUCAAUGCAACGAACAAAAUAAGUCAAACUGUUCAAGAAGCAUCUAAAACAAUUAUGAAUGAUCUUAACUCAUCAAGAAAAACAAAACAAACUGCUAUUAUUUCUAAAAAAAAACAUUCUAAUAACACACGAAAUAUAUCGACUCGUACAACUGGUAGUUCAUUAAAAAGAAAAAAAUCAACUAAACGAAAGCGUAUGCAAAAACGAAAAAUGUUAUCAAAAACAUCUUUAUCAAAUAAAAACCUUAUCUCAACAUCAAAACAUAAGAACUCUACAACUUCUUUAUCAGUUACUGGGUCGACAACAAAUGUCAAACGGAUAACUUAUCGACGUAGUCCUUUUUCCAAUCCAAAUGUAUUUCAUUCUAUGCCACGAAUGCAAAAUUCGGAUGAAAUAACUAAAGAUAAUGUAUAUGAAAAUCAUCUAUGUUGUAAACCAAUUACAUCUGUUAAAGAUUUAUCAAUAGAUGAUCAAAAAAAAUUAAUUGAACAUGAUUAUUUAACAUUAAUUUCUCUAUUACCAGUUUAUCUGGAUUCACAAGGCAAUUUUCAGCAUAAAAUUCGUGAAAAAACUAAUAUAAGUCAUGAUGGUGCUAUAGAACUCGAUCGUUUAAUGAAUGAAUGGAGUUCAGCACGAUUGUUUAUUGGUACUAAUAGUCAUUACAAAACAUUAUCACAAGCUAUAUGA